AUGUCUGCCCCUACUACUUCCGAUAGCCCAGCGGCCUCGGGGGAUAUACCAGACGUCCACCCCGCCGUCCGCAAUGCCGUCCGACUAUGUCUCAGCGCCAAAGAAUACAGGGCUCUCUAUGAGCUCGCAGCGAAACGCGCACCCGCUCUGAAAGAUAAACUACCGAUUGCGCUGCGUGAUGACUCGGUCGCUCAGUUAAAAAACCGGCAUAGCAUUGCGGCGCUCCGUACGUCAUUGCGUGUCUUCGUCGGGACGGGUGUUUCGAUGAAGCUGUUCGAGUUGAUUAUGAGUCGGGUUAAAAAGGAUGCAGCGAAGACCAAGACUCGUACUCCGUUCCUCCAAUCGCCUAAUGUCCGACUCUCCUUCUCCCUAUCCCUCCUACUUCUCCUCCAUCGCCUCAUAUAUCGAUUCCUCGUGAGACUACGCUCCAAUCUUCGCACUGAAUAUGCCCGUCCAUUCCGUGAGCGAAACCCGCAAAUUUCGCGCGCGUUGACAUCGCAAUAUGCGCCCGCUAUCGGUGCUAGUUUGGCUGGUUUCGCGCUGGGCGGAUGUCCACAGGACCAGCUUCGUUUGACGGCGUCUAUCUGGACUUCUACGCGGAGUUUGGAGUAUCUCUAUGACGCGCUAGAGAUGAAGGGGUGGAAAUUGCCAAAUUGGUUCGGCAGCUGGCUGCUAAUGCCUGUUUCUUGUGCACAGCUUUUCCAUGCUUUUGUAUUUGAUCGCGAAACUACUCCUAAGUGGUUUGAGGCGGUUGUACGCAGGCUCUCUUUGAGCUAUAUUCAGGGCCGACCGGAGUCGCUUCCUGAUGAUGUUGCUUGGCCGGAGAGAGAGGAGAUUGUAGACUCCCUCGCAUCUAUUGCAAAUCUUCGCUGGCCGGCGUUUGUGUCUCCGAUUCUCCACCCGUCUGACCCUAAUACCUUACCAGCAGCUGUUAAGGCUAUUUCACCUAUUACUGGACCUGCGCAUCCAUCAAUCUCCAGUCUAUCAUGCGCACUACUUCACCCAAGCCUACCUAAUUGUAGCACCGCAUUCUUACAUCAGAUCCUACUCUCAGUGCCCCGGCUUGCCCGAUUCAUCACAGCUGUCGUCGUAGGAUUCAGCCUACUUGGUUUCAAGAAAGUCCUGGCACAUCCUAUGAUGGCUAUUAAUGGCAUGUCGAAGAAAAUUCUUGUGAUGACGGCUGUUCUCUCUACUGGUAUUGCCUCCUCCUGGGGUAGCGUCUGUAUGCUCAACAACACGCUUCCUCGCUCGACACUCCCCACCAAACGCUUUUUCCUGAGCGGUGCUCUGGGCUCUCUCCCAUUCCUAUUAUUAAGUAAUAACCGCAGCUUGUUCACUUACUUCUUCCGUGCAUCACUUGACUCAGCCUGGAAGGCGGGUGUUAAGCGCAAACUUUGGAAGGGCGGUCGUCGUUACGAACUGACUGUAUUUGUACUGUCCUUGGCUCUCAUGGGCUCUAUUCUUGAGUCCAGCCCAGAGGCUGUUCAAGGUGCUGGUGUUCGUAAAGUGUUGACUUGGUUACGGGGAGACGGAUAUGUCGAUCCUGUUGAACUUGAGAAGCGCAAAGCCCGACGGGCAUCGAAGAAGGCAGAAUAA